UCACCGCAAAAGAAAAAAAAUAUGAAGAAGUGAAGGCAGGAAAAGUUACUCCCGGGAAAAAUGCAAGGCUUGUCCUUUACCCUGACGUCAGAUCUGUCUUUAAUAAAACCUCCCAAGAGCCAAAAGGAAAAAGUCAGAUCUGUGACAGAUCAACUAGGCUGCUUGUAAAGGACUCCUCUACAUUCCCCAAAGUGGUAUAUUUGUUCCAGGGGAAUUUUUAAAAGAUCUGGGUUCAAUCAAUGUAUUUCAUCCUGGCUUCCAGUGAUGAGGUGGCUUCUGCCCUGGAUUUUAACAACAAACAGCAUUUUGCAGAAACAGGAUCCAAGUUUGAAGUGUUGCUGGACAAGUAUUCUUCUUGAACUCUUGGGUCUUAAAACGCCUUCCCCCAGAACUCCAGCACCACCAUGCCACCUGCCACUUCCUCCGUGACCGAGGCUUAUACACGGACCCAGUACUGUAAGUGGCCAUGCGAGUGUCCCAAGACAGUGCCUCUCUGCCCGGCUGGAGUCAGCCUGCUCAUGGACGGCUGUGAAUGCUGCAAGAUGUGCGCCAAGCAGAUUGGCGAGAACUGCACCGAGGCUGAUGCCUGUGAUGUCCACAGGGGCCUGUACUGUGACUACAGCAGAGACAGACCUAGGUACGAAAUAGGAGUGUGUGCACAAAUCGUUGGCGUGGCCUGCCUCCUCAAUGGGAUCAGGUACAAGAAUGGGGAGACAUUCCAGCCCAACUGCAAGUACAGCUGCACGUGCAUCAACGGGGCUGUGGGCUGCAUCCCCUUGUGCAGAGACGCCAAGCCGCCCCUCGGCUGGUGCCCCAAUCCCAAGCAGAUCAAGAUGAAGGGUCAAUGUUGUGAGGAGUGGGUCUGUGAUGAGGCAAAGAAAAUCAGGAAGACAUCCCCACGACAUGUAUCCUCAGCAGUUUAUGAAGGAGAGAUUGAAUCAUGGCAGAAAAACUGCAUCCUUCACACAUCCUCCUGGAGCCCCUGUUCAAAGACCUGUGGGAUGGGCAUAUCCACACGGAUCUCCAAUGAAAACGACCAGUGUCGACUCAUGAAAGAGAGCCGACUGUGUACCAUGCGGCCGUGUGAGGAGGACAUAGCCAAACACAUUAAGCCUGGGAAGAAAUGCCUCGCAGUGUACCGGAGAGAUGAACCAAUGAACUAUACCUUAUCUGGAUGCAUGAGCACAACCGCCUACCGGCCGAAAUACUGUGGCAUCUGCCUGGACAAUCGGUGCUGUACUCCAUACAAGUCAAAGACCAUUGAAGUGAGCUUCACGUGUCCGGACGGGACUGGAUUUUCCAGGAAAAUCAUGUGGAUCAAUGCCUGCUUCUGCAACCUGAGCUGCAAGAACCCCAACGACAUCUUUGCUGACUUGGCUCAUUAUCACGAUUACUCCGAAAUCGCUAAUUAAGCUGGCCAAAUGCUGGAAGGUUGGAGGGUGGGCCGGAGGCGGGGAGGGGGAAUCCCCUCCCAAAUCCUACACUUUAUUGCUCUGAUUUUACAGAGGAUCCAAAUAAAAGAGAAUCAU